UCGCUUAUGUAACCCGUGAGCAUAUAUAGGGCACCUGGUUCAUGUGACUCCUACCCAUCUGCAAGCUCUGCCACUUGUGCACCGUUCCCUGUCAGGAUGAAGGUGGUUAUGGGCCCAGACCCUUCCCUGGUCUACCGACCUGACGUGAAUCCAGAGGUGGCGAAAGACAAGAGCAGCUUCCGAAACUACACUUCAGGCCCCCUCCUGGACCGUGUUUUCGCUACCUACAAGCUCAUGCACACACACCAGACGGUGGACUUUGUCAAUAGAAUGCACACCCAGUUUGGAGGUUUCUCCUACAAGAAAAUGACAGUCAUGGAGGCCGUGGACAUGCUGGAUGACCUGGUGGACGAGUCAGACCCGGAUGUGAACUUCCCCAAUUCUUUCCAUGCCUUCCAGACAGCAGAAGGCAUCCGGAAAGUCCACCCAGACAAGGAUUGGUUUCACCUCGUCGGGCUCCUGCAUGACCUGGGAAAGGUCCUGGCUCUAUGGGGGGAGCCCCAGUGGGCAGUCGUUGGAGACACCUUCCCUGUCGGCUGCAAGCCCCAGGCCUCUGUGGUGUUCUGUGACUCCACUUUCCAGGACAAUCCUGACCUCCAGGACCCUCGAUACAGCACAGAACUUGGCAUGUACCAGCUCCACUGUGGGCUUGAGAACGUCCUCAUGUCCUGGGGCCAUGAUGAGUAUUUGUACCGGAUGAUGAAGUUCAAUAAGUUCUCCCUGCCCUCAGAGGCUUUCUACAUGAUCCGGUUCCACUCCUUCUACCCCUGGCACACGGGUGGUGACUACCGACAGCUCUGCAGCCAGAGAGACCUGGACAUGCUUCCUUGGGUGCAAGAAUUCAACAAGUUUGACCUCUACACCAAGUGCCCUGACCUGCCGGAUGUGGACAAGCUGCGGCCUUACUACCAAGGGCUGAUUGACAAGUACUGCCCCGGUGUUCUGAGCUGGUGACCAGCCUGCCAACGCUCCCAAACCUCACCCUCUCACCCACUUCCAAACCCCAGCCAACUGCUGAACCAGCCCUGAAACCUGGCUACUGUCAGGUGCAAUGACAGCCCGCCCCAGGCUCGCUGGGGACCCCUUCACCAGGCCACAGUCACUACCCCUUGUGGUCACUCACACUAGGUAGCAAUAAAGACCUUGA